AUGGCUCCUGCAAAUCCUCUAUCGCCUGUGACCUAUGGCGUGGUAAAGCGACGCAUAGAGAAUUUUCAGCCGAAAGACGAAUUUCCUCGCUUUUUGCCACAAAAAGCCAUUUCAGAACUCGCCAGUGAAGAAAGGGUAGCAACUACUUUGUCGUCCUUGAACCUGUUCAACCCUGACAAGGUCAAUGAGGUUGCACGCUUUGUGGCGGAAAACGCACCAAGACUGUUUCUGUCUCUAAUUUUCGCCACGUACCCUUCUCUAAUUAAAGAUAUAUUCGAGAACAAGUUGACGGAUGAAGACCUGCUGCCUACUCCUUCUGCGGAAACACUAGAUAACGCAAGCGACGUCCAAAGACUGUGCGAUAACGACCAACUUCAUAUCCAGUUCAAUUCAACCCGCCCUUCGACAUUUUUCCAUCAGCUUGGCGAGAAGCCUUAUGACGACUUCGUUGAAGAUCAAGGGGCAUUCAUUGCCCCUGUAUUCCCAAGGGAAUUCUCAACCUACGUUUUCCACCCCAGUCGCCACUUGCCAUACUCGCGUCCGGAAAACGAAGUUCGGCAUGGCGGUUCCUUUUUCAGUGUCGUGUGGAAAGCCAUUUUGGAUGAGUCUCAUUUGAGCCGCGAGUACAGUUUCUUAUAUCCCUACAAGGUGCAAAACGGAUUCGAAGUCGCAGUCAAAUCUUUAACUACAGCAGAGAGCGACUCUGGUGUCAAAGUCGACGAGUUCUACAAACGAGAGGUCGAGACCCUCGAAAAAAUGGCAAAGAUGGCCGAAGAAGGUGAAAAACAUCUCAUUCGGGCCAUCGCAGCUUACGGAAGCGGAGAAAAGAGACAAUUUGUUUUUCCUUGGGCCAAAGGCGGCAAUCUCGAUGAGUUUUGGGACAAAUUUGACUCGAAAAACUCAGACGGCAAAGACAAUCGCAUCACGUGGUCCUUGGAGCAGAUGGUUGGGAUUGCUCGAGCUUUGUCAAAACUCCACGAGCGCAAAGUCCGCCACGGUGACAUCAAGCCACAGAACAUUUUGCACUUUACGGCAAACAAGCCCGGUUCAGCAUCGGGAACCCUGGUGAUUUCUGACGUUGGACUUGCGAAAUAUCAUGAAGCUUAUACAGUGGAUCGAACCAAGUAUACAACAACCACGAGCGUCACGGUUGACUAUCAGCCACCUGAACCUGAGAAGUUGAAGCGUUCGCGAGUCUAUGACAACUGGUCGUUGGGCUGCGUGUUCCUCGAGUUCAUAAUCUGGCUUGUCAAAGGGUAUCACAACCUGUCCGAAUUCCGGGCAAAGCUCAAAGACAAGCACAAAUUUAAAAGGUUCUGGGAGUAUGGGGACGAAGAUGUGCCAAAGGUCCAUCAUGUUGUUUUGGAGAAAAUGGAAGAAUUGGAAAAAGAGGGGCCUUUGGCUCACUUGACCCGGCCUAUGGUUGCCCUUAUCAGGACAAAACUUCUGAUCACUACUGGCAAUACUUAUGACUCAAACGAAGAGCAGAACAUAUUGCAAGAUCUCGUCGAGAUCCAACGUCUCUCGCGACUUGGGCCUGAGCCACCCCAGACAAGAGACAGAAAUCAGCAAGUUGGAUCCUCCAGUUCGAAGGACCAGGAGAGAACUGGGAUUUCAAACAAACAUACAACCAAACUCAAAGAUGAAUGGCAGAACACCACGGACAGAAAUUUAGCAGACCGAAUAAUAAAAAAGCUUGGUUGGCCAUCUGUUAAGCCCCCGCCAGAGCCGUCAGUCUUUUGUGAAUCGUGCAAAAACUUGAAUCCUGAGACGCCUAUAUGGGAACUUAGUCGUGACAUUGACGAAUUGACACGAGGUUCUCAUACGUGUAGUCUGUGUCGGCUUCUGCUCCAAUGUCUUUCAAGCGCUGAUUUGAAGAGCGGCGAGUUGAUAACACUGUUCCGGGAUGAGCAAUCCUAUGGUUUUCGACUUCUGCCUCAAGGCCCUUCUUUGAUAUCGUUGUAUUCUGACCCAGGUCCAGCCAGUGAAGAUCGAUCAUACCCACCACCUGGCCUUCCGCUACUCCCUAGCCCAGCCAGUCCCCAGCAAUUCCAAUUGCUAAAUAGUUGGAUACACGAAUGCAAUGGAAAGCACAACUGUAUGAUUGAAACGCAAGAUGGGCGUGCUUCUCACGGGCAGAUGCCCACAAGAGUGAUUGCUGUCGGGAAGGAUGAGAACUCCACCAUCAAACUUGUGGAAUCUGCACUGCUCCCUAAGGACACCAAGGACACCAAGGACACCAAGGACAAAUACGUUGCCUUGAGCCACCGUUGGGGAGAUCUUUCAAGAAAUGAUCAAUUUCGUACUCUCGACAGCAACAUCGGCGACUUCAAGGAAAGCAUUCCCUACGACGACCUCCCGAAGAGCUUCCAGGAUGCUAUACGGGUCACCCGCGCGAUCGGUGUUACUUAUCUGUGGAUCGACUCAUUGUGUAUCAUUCAAGGGAACGAUCAAGAUUGGGGGAAGGAAUCGUGUCGCAUGGAAGACGUGUUCAAUUCCGCGUACUGCGUUCUGGCGGCCACUUCCGCUGCCUCGUCACUAGAAGGGUUUCUUGGGGAUAGACAAGCGCGUGAGUCCGUCACUGUACAGACUCCUAAAGGUCCUAUCUACAUAUGCAGAGCCAUCGAUGACUUCGACUCCCAUGUACAGCGAGGUCUUCUCAACUCCCGCGGAUGGGUACUUCAGGAGAGAGCGCUAGCUCGCCGUACUCUGCAUUUCACCUCAACGCAGAUAUAUUGGGAAUGCGGCGAGACAAUUCAUUGCGAAACCUUGGCCCAGCUGAAAAAUCCUCAGUCGCAGUUUCUCGGAGACGCAGAUUUCCCCAAUUCCGGUCUCCAGUACUACAAGGAUGAAAGGAUCCGACUUAUCCAACAUCUCUAUGAGCUUUACAGUGGUCUCGGCUUGUCCUAUCCAACAGACCGCCCCAAGGCCAUUCUAGGACUUGAGCGACGAUUAGCUCGUGUCUUCAAGUCCCAGGCUCGGCAUGGCAUCUUUAGUCAAUUCUUCUUCAGAAUGCUUCUUUGGCGAGGCCAAGAACGUGGGAAACUUACUCAGAUUUUCCGACCAGAAGAAGGACGUGUCCCGUCCUGGUCUUGGAUGUCUUGCGCUGGGGCAAUCACUUACAUGGAUGUGCCCUUCAACGGAGUGAUUUGGCUGGACAACCUGACGAACCCUUUCACCUUUACGGAAAUGCAAUUAACCGAUGAAUGGGAUGGUCGCCUCUUCGCUUUGGCAAAUGACUUCCUCACUUAUUCCUGGAGUAAGCAAGUUGAUCUUGUUCUCGACUUCGAGGUUCCGAAGGAGGGUUUCAGCAAUUGGAAAUGUGUGUUGCUCGGCAUAGACAAAGGGGACAGUUCGCCUGGCGCACCAGAUUGUUAUGUUUUAUUGAUAAAGGUUGUACCGGACACCGUUCCACUCAUCUGGGAGAGAAUAGGUGUUGCUAAAGUCAACCACGCACUGAUCUCUCCCAAGACCAUUCAAGUUAUUAUCGGUUAA